AGAGAGUUCAAGUUGGCCGAAAGGACGGAUAAACGAUGCUGUUCUGUCCGGUGACGAGGAAAGGAUAACAUUUGAUUUAAUCAUCUAACAGCGACUCCAUCUCCCGGAGAGGAUGGAUGGAAAAAUUCUUGCCCCAAGCCUUUUACUCUUUCUCGCCUUUCAGCAUUGCUCGUCACGGCCAUGCUUAGAUCCGCUGAUCUCUCCGCUCUACGCGUCCUCUUUCCAUGCUUCCUCCAGAUAUAACUUUUUUUACUCUGCACACUUUGCCAAACUGUAUGGGAGCAGCGGCUGGUCUCCGUCCCCUCGGGACAGGCAGCCAUGGAUGCAGAUUGACUUGGGGAGGAAGUAUCGUAUCAUGGCCAUUGCUACUCAGGGUACCUUCAACUCUUAUGACUGGGUCACCAAAUACAUGCUGCUGUACGGGGACCGAUUUGACGCAUGGACUCCAUAUGUCAUGAAAGGAGGCAACAUGACGUUGCCUGGCAACUGGAAUUACUACCAGGUGAAGAGGAACGUCUUUCAUUAUUCGUUCACUGCCAAACAUCUGCGCAUCUAUCCCAUGGGCUGGAAUACUGAGAACGGAGGCAAGAUCGGCCUUCGCGUAGAGUUCUAUGGCUGUCCUUACGACUCAUAUGUGAUGCAGUUUGAGGGGGAUGACAUGGUGGCAUAUUCAUUCCCACGUGGCAGGAUGAGGACACUUCAGGACCACUACGCUUUAAACUUUAAGACCUUGGAAAAGGAUGGUGUUCUCCUGCACAGUGAAGGUCUGCAGGGAGACUCCAUCACUCUAGAGCUGAAGAUUGGACGCCUCUACUUACAUAUCAGCCUGGGGAGUAGCACUGUCCAUGACACCAAUGGGAUGACCACAAUGAUGCUGGGAAACCUGCUGGACACUCAGCACUGGCACUAUGUCACCAUCAAGCGCUACGGACGAGAGGUUAACUUCACCUUGGACAGCCAGACUGAGACUGCUGUCCUCAACGGAGAGUUCCAGUACCUUGAUCUGGACAAGCAGAUUUAUGUUGGCGGCGUGAUUGAGAAAGACGUGCCCCAUCUGCCCGGUAAGGUUAACUUCCGUGGCUGCAUGGAAAACGUCUUUAUCAAUGGAAUCAAUAUCAUCUACAAGACACAGUACCAGGAGCCUGAAAUUCGACUAGCUCCUAAAAAGAAAAAGAUGCAUUAUACUUGCCGUGAUCUCCUCUGGAAGCCCAUGACCUUUGCAGGACCCAACAACUACCUGCAGCUCCCCGGCUUCUUCCGGAAGAACCGUCUGGCAGUGAAGUUUAAGUUUCGCUCAUGGGACUACACAGGCUUAUUGAUGUUCACCAGGUUUGCAGAUGAGUUGGGCUCUCUGGAGCUGGGCCUCAGCGAAGGACAAGUCAACAUCACUCUAAUGCAGCCUGGAAACAAAAGAUUACGCUUCGCUGCAGGGUACCGUCUCAAUGACGGCUUCUGGCACUCAGUAGACCUGACUGCCAAAGACAACUUAUUAACUAUCACUGUAGAUGAAGAUGAAAGCUCACCACUGAAGAUCACCAACCCCUUCAUGGUUCGUACAGGAGACCGCUAUUUCUUCGGGGGUUGUCCUAAGACCAAUAACACGGCACGCUGUGUGACCAAGCUGUCUCGCUUCCAUGGCUGCAUGCAGCAGAUCUUUAUAGAUGAUGAGCCGGUGGAUAUAGAUGUCAUGCUGCAGAGGAAAUGGGGCAGAUAUGCCGAAAUCCUGCUGGGCACCUGCGGAAUCACUGAUAGGUGCAGUCCAAACCCUUGUGAACAUGAAGGCAGGUGUAUUCAGUCCUGGAAUGACUUCCUGUGUGUGUGUAACAACACAGGCUACAAGGGGGAAGUUUGUCAUAACUCGGUCUACAGGGAGUCAUGUGAGGCCUACAGACUGAAUGGGAAGUACUGGUCAGGCAACUACACCAUAGAUCCAGAUCUGAGCGGACCACUGAAGCCUUUCACGGUCUACUGCAAUAUGUUGCAAAAAUCAUGGACCGUUAUUGAGCACAACCGCAUGAAAAGCACCAAAGUGAGCGGCUCCACCAUGGAUCGACCGUAUAUUGGGAACCUCCAGUAUGUAAAUGCAUCGUGGGAUGAAGUCACUGCCCUAGCAAACACGUCUUUAUACUGCGAACAGUGGAUUGAGUUCCUAUGCUACAAGUCACGCCUCCUCAAUACUCCACAUGGACGGCCUUACACUUACUGGAUUGGUCGGCAUAAUGAGAGUCAUGAAUACUGGGGAGGAGCUUUCCCUGAAAGUGGGAAAUGUGGAUGUGCUGUCAAUCAAACUUGCACUGACUCCAAGUACUGGUGCAACUGUGACGCAGACUACCGUCAAUGGCACUCAGAUAAGGGCUACCUGUCGUUCCGAGACCACCUGCCUGUCAAGAGGAUUGUCAUAGGAGACACUAACCGCACUGGUUCAGAAGCGCACUACAGUGUUGGGGCACUGUACUGCCAUGGAGACCGGAGUAUCUGGAGCACUAUAGCUUUCACCAAGCCCACCUAUCUGACGCUCCCCACCUUCAAGCCCGGCAUCAGUGCUGACAUCACGUUCCACUUCAGGACCUACCGAACUAACGGAGUGUUUGUGGAAAGCUCAGAUGACCACCUGCGUAAUUUCUUACGAAUUGAACUCAAUUCUACAACUGAGGUGGUUUUCAUCUUCAUGGUGGGUGAUGGGAUUAGAAACGUGACCCUGCGCUCUCCUAAACCUCUCAAUGAUAAUGAAUGGCACUAUGUAGAAGCUGAAAUCAAUGUGAAAUUGGCACGUCUCAAGGUUGAUUUCCUGCCUCCGGCCAUUCACAAGUUUCCGGGCCAAACCUACAUCACUAUGGAGUUCACUCAACCCCUGCUCGUAGGGGCGGCCAAUCACACCUUAAGGCCUUUUCUGGGUUGUCUGCGUGGGCUGAGGAUGAACGGGGUGCCUGUGGAUUUGGAGGGUAAGGUUGACGAGAGGGCUGGCAUACGUAGAAACUGCACCGGAGCGUGUCUGAAUGCCUCCAUACCGUGUCGAAAUGGAGGCCAAUGCAUUGAUGGCUACGCUUCAUACGCCUGUGACUGCAAUAACACAGCCUUCGACGGCUAUUACUGUCAUUUAGAUAUUGGGGCAUUCUUUGAUGUGGGAGCGUGGUUGCGGUAUGACAUCCGUAAAGAGCCGAUUUCCUUUGACGCAUGGUGGGCGAACUUUUGGAUAGAGCCUCACUGGCACAACUUCACCCUCGGCUACAACACGACAACUGAUGACAUAGAGUUCAGCUUCAGCACUCUACAGGCUCCAGCGGUGCUGCUUUAUAUCAGCUCCUUCAGCAAUGAUUACAUUGCUGUACUGCUCAAGAAAGAUGGGACUCUUUCGCUGAGAUAUCGGCUUGGGAUAAUAAGCUACAAAUUUAAGUUGACUGACAGAAGCAUGGCCGACGGCUUCCCUCAUUUCGUCAACAUCACCCGACACAACUACACCAUAUGGACACAGGUGGAUUACAUGGAUCCAUGGAUUGAGAAGUUAAUACCAGGAGAGAUUCCCAGAUUUGAUUCACCAAAGUCUGUAUUCUUGGGUAGAGUCAUGGAGGUGGGAGGUGUCGACUACGAAAUUCAGAGGCACAACAGUCCAGGUUUUAUGGGCUGUAUAUCAGGGGUCCGAUAUAAUAUUUUUGCCCCGCUGAAGGCUUACUUCCGACCCAAUGUAACCAAUCCACCGGUGACGACUCAAGGCUAUGUGGUGGAGUCUAACUGUGGGGCGUUUCCCCCUGUUUUAGGAUAUGUCCCUUGGGAGGAUGACCCCUGGUUCACUGGCCUGUUCUUUUAUUACAUUCAUGAUGAUGUUACCCCACCUUGGAUGACGCUAAUCGUGACAGUGUCUCUGAUGCUGCUCUUCCUGAUCCUGUACGGCCUCUACAUUUACCUGUACAGGUAUAAAGGCAGUUACCACACUAAUGAACCGAAGCAGCUGGAGUCCCCCAGCUCCGCUCGGCCCCUCACUGAUACUCUGCGCAAGGAUAGAAAGAACCUGCCGGAAAUACAGGAGGAAAGUCCCAAUGAAUAACACAGACUGAGAAAUGUCUGGAGGAAAAGAGAGGAGUGCUGGUGAUUAUGAGGGAGGUAAAUGGUGAAGACUGAGGAAUGAGUUGCAAAUGUGAUUUUUUUAAUGUAUCUUUUGCCUUUAUGGUAAUGUAACUAUAUUUAUUUUUCUGUCCCAUUAUUUGUACAGUGUAAUCUGAUAUUUGGUGCUUUUGGCAGGGUUCAAAAUAAGCAGGCUAGAGACAAUUUACCAUCUGAUCAAUGAGCACUAGCAGUGCAGGCCGACUGAAGUGCCUCAGCAACAUUACAAGAAACUUUGAAAGAUCGAUCCAGGGUUCCCACGGUCAUAGAGAUAUCAGGAAAUAUCAGGGUAUUUAAGAACUGUGAUUUCCAGGCCUAGAAAACAGUAUUGGAAAUGAUUACAAUCAUGGAAAAGUCUUGGAAAUGCGUGUUGUAAAUAUAUAUUUAUAUAGUCAUGACC